CUCGAGUGUGUGUGUUGCUGGAUUUGGUUUUUGAACACCAGGGGUGAGCGGGAGUGUAUGACUUUAACUGGACUGGAUUGACUUGGCGCAGCAGUCAGUGUUGGUGUCCUGAUGGCGACAGACAUUGUUGGGCAGUUGGCCGACUCCCUGGCCAAGACAGGUGUAGAGGAAGGAGAGCUGAGCUACAAAGGCCAGGGAAGAAAGCUGGAUGAUGCCCAAUCAGUGGAAACGAUGGUGAAGGAGAUCCAGGACUUUGAGGGUUUACAGGCCCUGAGGUUGGAAGGAAACACUAUAGGAGUGGAGGCAGCACAGGCCAUCGCAAAGGCCCUCAAGACUAAGAGCGAGUUCAAGUGCUGUUAUUGGAGUGACAUGUUCACCGGUCGUUUGCGCUCUGAGAUUCCACCCGCCUUGAAUUCACUUGGUGAUGCUCUGAUGCUGGCAGGUGCCAAGCUGACUGUUUUAGAUCUCAGUGACAAUGCCUUUGGGCCAGAUGGGGUGAAGGGCAUCGAGAAACUGCUCAAAAGCAGUGCCUGCUACACACUGCAGGAGCUGCGGCUCAACAAUUGUGGCAUGGGCAUAGGAGGGGGCAAGAUCUUGGCUGCUUCGUUAAGCCAUUGUCAUAAGAAAUCCACUGCAGAGGGCGCCCCCCUCAGCCUCAAGGUGUUUGUUGCAGGGAGGAACCGACUGGAGAAUGAUGGAGCCACCGCCCUUGCUCAAGCGUUCCAGCUGAUGGGCAGUCUAGAGGAGGUGCACAUGCCCCAAAAUGGUAUCAAUCAUGCCGGUGUGACUGCACUGGCCUCAGCCAUGCAGCACAACACCAAGCUCCGUAUCCUUAACCUCAAUGACAACACCUUCACUGAGAAAGGAGCUAUUGCCAUGGCUCGGGCCCUGAAACACCUCCGCAGCAUUCAGGUAAUAAACUUUGGUGACUGCCUGGUGAGGCCAGCAGGAGCCACAGCAAUGGCAGAGACUGUAUCAGAGGGACUCCCGAUCCUCAAGGAACUCAAUCUGUCAUUUGGCGAGAUCACAGAAGAGGCAGCUUUGGCUGUGGCACACGCAGUAAAGGACAAGGACCAGUUGCAGAAGCUGGAUCUAAAUGGUAACUACCUUGGAGACAAUGGCUGCAAAGCUCUGAAAGACAUCAUGGAAGGCAUGAACAUGGGUGAUCUUUUAGGAUCCCUCAGUGACGACGAAGGUGAGCCAGAGGAGGAUGAGGAUGACGACGAUGAUGAGGACGAAGAUGAUGAAGAUGAAGAGAAGGAUGACGAGGAAGUGGAUGAGGAGGAAAUAGAGGAGGAAGAGGAAGAAGAGGAUGAAGAGGAAAGCAGUGGAAACAAGUUUUCCACACCUGUGUGCGCACCUCGGCCACCUGACGUGUCGUCCUUCCUCAGCUUCCCAUCUCCAGACAAACUUCUCAAACUGGGAGCCAAGAGAGCCAUUCUGAUCGAGCAGGAGGUGGAUCUAACCGAUCCUACAAAAGCAGCUGAAACCUUCCUCAAGAUUGCGUCCGUAUACAAGGAGGAGAAUAUUGACGUUAAGAAUGCAGUGCUGGACAGUAUCGAUGCUCUUCUGAAGAAAGCCUUUUCCUGCCCAACCUUCCAAGGCAUCGGCUUUGUAUCAGCUUUGUUAGUGCUGCUUGGACUUAUCAAGAGUGAGAACAAAGUGAAGCCUGUGCUCGUGGUUCCCGGCCACCUCCAUGUCCUGGAGCACGUCGUUCAGCAGGAAUACUUUCCCAAAGAGAGUGUAGCUGUGCUCGAGGCCUUCAUGUCCCGGUAAGGACGUGACAGAAUGAGCCAAUCAGCAGGCAGCAUGCAGUAACAACAAGACUCUGCAGUCGUGUGGUAAUGCAAAAAACAGCCUCCUGUCAACACUGCAGAGUGUCAAGUCUAAAUGCUGAGGACUGGAUGUUCACAUACACUGAACUUAAAGUGAAGAAGUUAAACAGAGCAGUUUUUGAGAAGGAGACUCUCCUCUGAGGCUUUUCCCCACUCGAGUCACCUCUGUCCCUCUGCUACGACCAUCUCUGCUUCCUGGACUGGACUUAAAUACUUAAUGUUUUGAAGUAGAUUAUACUCUUGUGGUGGUGAAGUACAUCAGGUACACUCGUAUACAACCACAGCACAGCACUGAUACCUUAGUCUUCAUGCUCUUAAUGUUCUGGUUAAAAAGACGACAAGGCCUCACUUCCCACAUAACCUGUGUGUUGCGCACUGCUUUUGUGACACAUGACUGGAGCACAGAGACUUUCUGACCAGGAUAGACGCCGGACUCAGCUGCUGUACAUUUUCUAUUUCAUUUUGACACAUUUACUAUUCUGUCUUUUAUAUUAAAUGGUUUUGAAAUUUAGUUAACAAUUUUAUUAAUUGUGAGUGGGGGGUUUCCACAUAAGACUGUAUAUUUCAACAAAAACAAGGGAUUAAAAUCAAACAUUAGGCACAAAGUGCAGA